AUGGGAACGCAGAAAUUAAAGCUUGUACGUGCCAAAAAGGAUGAUAAUUGUUAUGUUAAUUCAGAGGGAAACAAGAAAGCAGACAUCACCAUUUUGAAUAUCGAGUUAAGAGUAAAACAUAUCUAUCCGAACGAUUCUGUGAAAUUAAAAUUGUUUGAAGCAAUUUCCAAGGACAAACCGAUAUUUAUUGGAUUUAGGAAAUGGGAAAUUCAUGAACUACCUGCUCUACGACAAGCGAGAAAAGAUGUAUGGACAGUGAAGGCAGCAUCUGAACGAGCGAGAUAUGUUGUUGUAUUCUUCCAAGAAGAUCGAAAAGAUAACUAUAAAGCUGAUGGCACAUAUUUCGAUAAUUUGAAAAUUACAGAUGUCAAGCUUUAUCUAAAUUCCGAGGCCUACCCAUAUGAAUCCCUAGAUUUAAAUUUCAAAACCAGACAGUUUACUAAAGCCUAUUCCAUGUAUACGGAUUUUCAAAAAUCGUAUUUGGGAAAGAUCAAUAGCGAACCUUUGCUAGAUUUUACCGCUUUUGCCAGUCGAGCCCUAUUUGUAAUUGAUUGUUCAAAACAAAACGAGGCUCUGAAAAGUAAUGUGAUAGAUGUAAAGCUAGAAUUUGAGAGUUCGGAAAAUUUCCCCGAAAACACCCGAGCAUUUUGUAUCAUCAUAUACGAUCGAGUCAUGGAAUAUUUACCUUUAUCAGGACAUGUUAGAACGCUAAUUUAA